AUGCUGGUGGAAUUGACGGCGACAGGUAGCGCUACGAGCGCUGCGUGCGUGUCUCCGGCGACGUUUAGAGAAUUAGAUGCUGUUUGGGGGUGCUAUGUGUUGUUGAAAUGCUGUAAGCUACAACAAACACGUCUUUUUCGCUUGGAAAUUGAUGAAAAGCUGGCGGAUGCGGUUGACACGAAGGUUCGGAUUGAUCACUGGCCGACUUGUAGCGAGGAUGCGAGCGCAAACAGGUGUCGCAAUACAGUGGAGACUGGAGAUGAAGUGGAUCUCAAGCUUGUAGCACCCGCGGACGUUCGGAUCGUGCAGUACUUGGCGUUGGCGCCUGCUAGUGAACAGCAGAUGCAGGUUGCGCUUUCGCUCGUAAAGAGUUUGCUGCGUGGUCGAAUCUUGGCAGGACGAGUGGGAUCCAUUACUCUAGAGCGCGAUGGGCUAAAGUAUGGCGAAUGGAAAUAUCAGGCGUUCUACCGUGGAUGCAGUAGCGAUAACGUUGAGGCGUUUGAUGGUGGACUCGUAAUGGAUCAGACGCUGGUGUUGGUAUUCCCGUCCGCUACGUCGACGUCAACAAUAUCGUCGCUAAACAAACCUAAGUAUCAGCCGAUAGGAGCUCAUGCUCGUGGAUUCCGCGAGUUGGUGGCAAUGGCGCUUCGAAGAACGUCGAUCGCUUCGGCGGAUGUAGUAGGCCAGACUAUAUCCGCCCCUCACUCGCUGCUAUUGCACGCCCCGAGUGGAGCUGGCAAGACGACACUCGUGCAUCAGAUUGCUGAUGAAAUGGGAGCCAACUUACUAGUGCUUGAUGGCGGGCUGUUAGCGUCUCCGCAACUACGUUUGGAAGACUUUUUAUCGGCUGCACUGCGAAUCCAGCCGUGUGUGCUGCUACUAGAAGACCUCGAGCUGCUGUUUCCGAUGAUUUUGGAUGAGACCAAGUUUAAGUUGGCGUGUAGGUUUGUAAAUUGCCUCGAAAGUAUUCACAAAGCUGACUCGGUUCGCGUCGCGGUCAUUGGAACCGUGUCAGUGAUUGGCGCUCUGCAUUCAAAAGUGCGACAGCUCUUCACCGAAGAAGUGUUUCUCGAUGUUCCUCACAAGCAAUGGACGGUCGAGUUAUUAGCUUCAUUGUUGCCAUCGUCAAAUUUGCUACGCCGCGAAUUUCUCAUGUCGUUAGCGGUUCGCUAUGGCCAAAGACCCAGUAGCAUCGCGGCCAUCGCUCAACAGAUAUGCAUGGGACUGUCAAGUGAAGACAGCCAAACUGUCGGUGUAGAGACGUUUGAAUCGGAAAUCGCGGCUUCGGCACGCGAAAUCUCCAGUAUCAGCAAUGGUGCUGACACUCUUAGCUCUUCAGUCCCUGAUGUCUCAUGGGACGAUAUUGGUGGACUAGAGCGAGUCAAGCAAAACUUGAUCGAGAUGGUUGUGUGGCCGUUGGAGAAGCCUAAAGUCUUUCGUCGAAUGGGAAUCUCACCGCCAUUGGGUAUGGUGCUGCACGGUCCUCCAGGUACAGGGAAAACCAUGCUCGCCAAAGCAACAGCCAAUGCAAGCGGAUGCAACUUCCUCAACUUGUCAGCUAGCGAUAUCAUGAAAGCUGAGAUUGGCGAGAGUGAGAAGGCCAUCACUCGUGCGUUCGACACUGCCCGGGCACUGAGUCCGUGCAUGAUCUUCAUUGACGAGUUUCAGUCGCUAUUUGGCAACCGAUCAACGGCAGGCCAGACAACGUCUCGGAUGAUUUCUCAGCUGUUAAUGGAGCUCGAUGCGCUGAAGGCAGUAUCUGAUGAUAGCGACGUGUAUGCCUCUGACGUUGCUGCUGGUCGGAUCUUCGUUCUCGCAGCUACAAAUGCCUUGUCCGCCAUUGACCCGGCAUUUCUCCAACCCGGUCGCUUUGAAAAUGUCGUGUAUGUUGGUCUUCCCAAUGCUGACGAACGUCAGGCCAUUCUGGAGAUUCAGCGCAACAAAAUGCCGUGGAGUCAAGACGUCAAGAUCACCGAACUCGUCAACGAGACCGAGGGCGCUAAUGCAGCGUCAUUGAUAGCAUUGUGCCAAGCUGCAGCAAUCCAGGCCAUGCAGCGGAUACCUGCCAGUGCCCCAGUAGACGAACAGUGCAUUGCGAUGGUCGACUUCGUUGCUGCGUUGGAGAAAGGGAACUUUGACUUCCAAAACCUCAAGAAGUAG